ACGAAAGCCUAUCUCUCCAGAAACUGGGUGGAAACCCCACGAUCUCCAUGUCAGAUUUGUGGUGCAGGAAGCAUAAAGGCUAUUUGUGCCCUCUUGAGAUAUAAAGCGUCGGUGAGGGGAACAUACAGGCAGCGAAAGCACCUCUACAUUACGCGGGUAAGAAUGAGAUGCAACUGGUUGAGGAAAAUGUGUCGUCGUUGACCUUCGUCGUCGGAGCAGAGGGCCUGACCUUGACAAUUGGGGAUGGCAAUGCAGCUCUUCAUCUAGCUCUCCCCAAGCAUGACGCGGACAUGGUUGAGUACAUACAAGAGGAUGACUUUCAGAAAUGGGUUAAUAGGCCAGGAGCAACGAAGAACAUUGCUCUUCAUCUUGCAUUGGAGUUCUUCUAGUGUAGCGUUAGAAUAAUAGUUACAUGUCUCAUCAAGC